GCCGGCGGCCAGCAUGGGGGGCGAGGAGCCCGAGCCGGACUUCGAGAGCGCCCCCGAGACGGACCCCCGGGCUCGGCUGCUGGGGGCGCGCGUGGCGAGCAGCCUGCGCGUGGAGCCCGAGCGCUGGGAGCGUUGCGCGGGGAGCCCCGAAGCGCGCCCGCUGCUGCGCGCUUUCCUCGACGGCGACCCGGCCAAGCGGCUGCUGCUCGUCACGCCGGGCGCAGGGGGCCAGUUGGCGCUGGCUGACCGGCUGGCUCUGGCGCCUGGCACCGGUCGCUCUGGCAAGGGGGUCUUCCUGCUGCGCCUCGCCCCCGGGCCGCUGCGCUCCCCGCCGGCUCCCGGCCACCUGCUCUAUGGGGACCUGUCCUCCGCGCCCCUGGAGCACCUCGCAGCCCUCGUGGAGGAGGUAGUGGUGCCACUCUUGGGGAACCAGAAAAACCAUCCCAGCUGGCCCCAUGUGGUGUCACAGGAUAUCGUCCACCACAUCUGCAAUCUGAAAAGUAGUGUUUUUGUAGUUGUUGGACAAAUUAAAGGCAAGACUUUGCUGCCGCUCCCUGCUGACCCUGAAAGAGACCCAUAUAUAGAUUCUGACAAUGAGAAAACCACUGAACUCGUGGAUAAAUCUAUUGUCCAUGCAAUUGAAUCAGCUGUUAUUGAAUGGACCCACCAGAUCCAGGGAGUUCUAAAGAGAGAGUCUUCAGAACCACUUUUGCAAGGCCAAGAUCCCAGUCCAAAGGUGGAGCUGGAUUUUUGGAAAAGCAGAUUUGAAGAUCUGCAGUGCAUUUACAGCCAGCUGAAAGCCAGAAGGGUUUUGACCAUGAUGGAGCUUCUUGACAGAGUGCAGAGCACCUACUUUCCAGCAUUCAGGUCAAUUUUCAGAGAUGUAGAAGCAGCUUUGGUUGAGGCCCACGAUAUAAAUGUGCACCUAAAGCCCCUAGAGCGCCCUCUAGAGGAAAUAGAAAAUGCGGAAUUCAACGAGUUGAAGCCAUUACUAAACCGAGUGCUUCAUGUGGUGUGCUUAAUCUGGGCCACGUCCAAAUAUUACAGCACACCUGCAAGGAUAAUUGUGCUGCUUCAGGAAACCUGCAGUCUCCUCAUUCAGCAGGCUAGGACUUAUCUCAAUGCAGAAGAUCUGCUUAAAGUGGAAACUGAAGAAAGUCUGGGCAAAGUGCAGACAACUUUUGAUAUUUUCAACUAUUUCAAGCAGACCUUUGAGGAAAGAAGAGACAAUCUCAGCACUUACUUUCAGCCAGGCCUAGAGGCAAAGGAGUGGGAUUUCCCUUCUAUAAUGGUUUUUGCACGAUUGGAUAAUUUUCUAGAGAGGCUCCACAUGGUAAAUGACCUUCUGGUGACUGCGUUGGACAUAGAGAAACUGGAGAAGCUCGAAUUCAGUGGCAUAAAAGGGAAAUCUCUGAGCCAGCAAGUCCUGAGCAUGUAUGAAGAGUUCCAAGAGGCUUAUAAAGUGUUUUCCGAUCGUACAUAUGACUGCUUGGAUGUGGCCAACAUGGAAUUUGAAGAUGAUGUGUAUGACUUCAAGGAGAAAGUGGAAGAUAUGGAUCGGAGGCUAGGGAAUGCUUUUGCCCAGGCUUUCGAUGAUGCAGCUAGCAUAGAGCACGCAUUCAAGCUGAUAGACAUAUUUGGGAGUCUAUUGGAACGGCCAUUGAUAGCAGCUGAUGCCUAUGCUAAAUAUCAUCUUCUCAUCACAAUGUUCGACAGAGACCUGGACGAUGCUAAACUGAUCUACCUGAAACAUAUUCAGGAGGAGUUGGAACUAGGUUGUCCUACAGUGCACAGGAAUAUGCCAUUGGUUGCUGGAGGAAUUCGCUGGGCCCAGGAAUUAAAAGACAGGAUCCAGAUCCCAUUUAGUAAUUUCAGGCAUGUCACCCACCUUUGCUUGGACUCUGCUGAAGGCAAAAGAAUGGUGCAGAAGUAUGAAGAUCUGAUGGAGAUGCUUGAAAAAUACCAAGAGAAACUUUAUAAGGAGUGGUUCCAAACUGUGUCUGAAAAAUCGCAGUAUAACCUCACUCGACCGAUCAUCCGAAGGCAUUCGGAAAGUAAGCUGAUUGCUGUAAAUUUUGACCCUCAGCUGGUGUCAGUUUUGCGAGAGGUGAGUUACCUUGGGCCAAGCCAGACUGGGAAGAUACCAGAGGCAGCAGCAGAAAUCUUUUCUUCCAAGGAGUCCUUCCGGAAGCUGGUAGCCAACCUAGACUUGAUGGUCACCUGGUACAAUAAAAUCCUGCUCACAGUUCUGGAGGUGGAAUACCCCCUUGUACAGGACCAGCUGCAGGAGAUUGAUAGUCAGUUGAGAGAGGCAGAAGAAACAUUGAACUGGAAAACAGAAGGGCUUUGGGAACAUGUUUCACGGCUAGUUGACGGUGUGCGAGAUCUUGAGCAAAGAAUCCAGAAAACCAAGGACAACAUUGAGGAAAUUCAGAAUAUCAUGAAAACUUGGGUCUUCCCAGUUUUUGAAAGAAAAGAUGGGAAGAAAGAAUCUCUGCUGUACUUAGAUGGUCGACAUGAACGACUGGAGAAACACUAUCGACUCAUCACAGAUUCGGGGCAUAAGAUCCAUUUACUAAUCAAGGAAAACUUGAGACUAUUUGCAGCAGAUCCAACUUCUGAUAUUUGGAAAGCUUAUUUGGAGCACGUGGAUGAGAUUGUUCUUGAUGGAUUCUUUAAUGUCAUUGAAUGUUCACUGAAGUACCUUUUGGAAAACACAGAUUCCAAGGCAGGCCUUGCUCCUCUCUUCAAAGUGCAGCUGGAUUUGUCUGUUCCAGAGAUGAUAUUCCGUCCUUCUUUGGAUGCUGGUGCCUCUGAUGGUUUUUAUGAUUUGGUUGAGGCUCUUGUCAAUGAUAUAUAUCGAGUGUCUUCCCUGGUUCCCAGGCUUGCAGACCACAGCACUUUCUGCCAUUAUCAGGAUGACAUGGAGGAGAUGUCUGAACUUGCUGACAUGCGCCACAUCCUAAUGGAUCGCAUCCGGAAGAUGAUGUCAACUUGUUGUGACUACCGCAGCUCUUUUGACCACUACUCAUAUCUCUAUGUGGAUGACAGGAAAGAAUUCAUGCGCCAGUUCCUCUUGUACAGCCAUGUCCUCACUGCAGAGGAGAUAGAGGCCCAUGCUGAGGAUGGCGUCCCAGAGAGCCCCCCUACACUGCAGCAGUUCAAAGAGCAGAUAGACUCUUACGAGAAGGUCUAUGAGGAAGUGAGAUGCCUGGAGCCAGUCAUUGUAUUUGACAGCUGGAUGAAAGUUGAUGCCCGCCCCUUCAAGGUGUCCCUUCUGAAGAUAAUUAAGAAGUGGAGCUUUAUGUUCAAGCAGCACCUCAUUGAUCAUGUGACUCACAGUUUGGCUGACCUUGAAGAGUUCGUAAAAGUUGCCGAGAUUGGUUUGAGCAAAACGGUGGAGAGUGGAGAUUAUGAGGGCUUGGUGGAAGUUAUGGGCCACCUAUUGGCUGUUAAAGAUAGACAGACCAGCACUGAUGAGAUGUUUGAGCCCUUGAAACAAACAAUUGAAUUGCUGAAGAUCUAUGAGCAGGAAUUGCCAGGGGAAGUCUAUAAGCAGCUGGAGGAGCUGCCAGAAAAAUGGAGCCACGUGAAGAAGCUGGCAAUAACUGUGAAGCACCAUGUAGCUCCUUUGCAGGGAAAUGAAGUGACGGUUCUCCGCAAGAAGUGUGCUGUGUUUGAUGUGGAGCAACAUAAAUUCAGGGAACGAUUUCACCAACAGGCACCAUUCAGGUUUGACGCAACAAAUCCCUACCAAAUGCUGGAUGCAUCCCACACAGAGCUUAUGCAGAUGGAAGUUACCAUGACCUCAAUUUAUGAUGCAGCUGAUUUGUUUGAAGUCAAUGUUCCAGAAUACAAACAGCUCAAGCAGUGCCGGAGGGAAGUGCGUAUUCUUAAAGAACUCUGGGAUAUGAUCUCCAUAGUGAUCUCUAGCGUGAAUGACUGGGAGACUACGAAAUGGCGAGAGAUUAACAUUGAAAACAUGGAGCUGGAGUGCAAAAAGUUCGCCAAAGACACGCGGAGCCUGGAUAAGGAAAUGAGGGCCUGGGAUGCUUUCUCCGGGUUGGACAACAAAGUGAAAAACAUCCUGACAUCUCUGAGGGCUGUGUCAGAACUGCAGAAUCCGGCCAUCCGAGAGAGGCAUUGGAACCAGCUGAUGCAAGCAACAGGUGUGCAGUUCACCAUGGAUGCAGACACCACCCUGGCAGACCUGCUUAAACUCAACCUGCAUAACUUUGAGGAUGAGGUGAGAAGCAUAGUGGACAAAGCAGUUAAAGAAAUGAGCAUGGAGAAGGUUGUGAAAGAGCUGAAGACAACCUGGGCCAGCAUGGAGUUCCAGUACGAACCUCACCCCCGCACAAAUGUCCCCCUGCUGAAAUCUGACGAGGAGCUCAUUGAGACCCUUGAAGACAACCAAGUCCAGCUGCAGAACCUGAUGACAUCCAAAUACAUCGCUUUCUUCUUGGAGGAAGUGUCUUUCUGGCAGAGAAAGUUGUCAACGGCAGACUCCGUCAUUUCCAUCUGGUUUGAGGUUCAGCGGACUUGGUCUCAUUUGGAAAGCAUAUUCAUUGGGUCGGAAGAUAUCCGGGCACAACUUCCGGAGGAUUCCAAGCGCUUUGAAGGAAUUGAUGUUGAUUUCAAAGAGCUGGCGUAUGAUGCUGAAAGAACCCCAAAUGUAGUGGAAGCAACCAACAAGCCUGGCCUUUAUGAGCAACUGGAAGAUAUCCAAAGCAGGUUGUCUUUGUGUGAAAAAGCUUUAGCAGAGUAUUUGGACACCAAGCGGUUGGCAUUUCCUAGGUUUUACUUUAUUUCUUCUGCCGACUUACUGGAUAUCCUUUCGAAUGGCACAAACCCGCAGCUGGUCCAGCGACAUCUUUCAAAACUCUUUGAUAAUAUGGCCAAGAUGAAAUUUCAGGUGGAUUCAGACCAAAGUUCGACCAAGCUGGGCUUAGGGAUGUACAGCAAAGAGGAGGAAUAUGUUAACUUCAGCGAGCCAUGUGACUGCAGUGGACAGGUGGAGAGCUGGCUGAACCGUGUGUUGGACCACAUGCGGGCCACUGUGAGACACGAGAUGACAGAGGCUGUGAUGGCUUAUGAGGAAAAGGCAAGGGAACAGUGGCUUUUUGACUACCCAGCACAGGUGGCACUCACCUGUACUCAGAUUUGGUGGACCACAGAGGUUGGGAUUGCCUUUGCCAGGCUGGAAGAAGGCUAUGAGAAUGCCAUGAAGGAGUACUACAAGAAGCAAGUGACCCAGCUGAACACCCUCAUCACCAUGCUCAUAGGACAUCUCUCAAAGGGUGACAGGCAGAAGAUCAUGACCAUCUGCACCAUUGAUGUGCAUGCUCGAGAUGUGGUGGCCAAGAUGAUCGCUCAGAAGGUGGACAAUGCACAGGUGUUUCUUUGGCUGUCUCAACUCCGACACAGGUGGGCAGAUGAGGAGAAGCACUGUUACGCAAACAUUUGUGAUGCACAGUUUCUAUAUUCCUAUGAAUACCUUGGGAACACACCCCGCCUGGUCAUCACUCCUCUGACAGACAGAUGCUACAUCACCCUCACCCAGUCCUUGCACCUAACCAUGAGUGGGGCUCCUGCAGGGCCAGCUGGCACUGGGAAGACAGAGACUACCAAGGAUCUUGGGCGAGCUCUUGGCAUCAUGGUGUAUGUUUUCAACUGUUCAGAGCAAAUGGACUACAAGUCCUGUGGGAACAUUUACAAAGGCCUUUCCCAGACUGGUGCUUGGGGCUGUUUUGAUGAGUUUAACAGAAUUUCUGUUGAAGUCUUGUCAGUGGUGGCUGUACAGGUGAAAAGCAUACAGGAUGCCAUAAGGGACAAAAAGCAGAAUUUUAAUUUCCUCGGCGAAGACAUUAAACUAGUUCCUUCUGUUGGCAUUUUCAUCACCAUGAAUCCUGGCUAUGCCGGUCGUACGGAGCUGCCUGAGAAUUUGAAAGCUCUUUUCAGGCCCUGUGCAAUGGUUGUGCCAGACUUCGAGCUGAUCUGUGAAAUUAUGCUGGUAGCAGAAGGAUUCAUAGAGGCCCGGCUGUUAGCUAGGAAGUUCAUCACCCUUUACCAGUUAUGCAAAGAACUGCUGUCAAAGCAGGAUCACUAUGACUGGGGCUUACGUGCAAUUAAGUCAGUCCUGGUUGUUGCUGGAUCUCUCAAGAGAGGAGACCCAGACCGCCCUGAAGACCAGGUGCUGAUGCGCUCUCUUCGGGACUUCAACAUCCCUAAGAUUGUGACGGAUGACAUGCCAGUAUUCAUGGGUCUGAUUGGGGACCUCUUUCCUGCUUUGGAUGUUCCAAGAAAGCGAGAUCUCAGCUUCGAAUCUUUCGUGAAGCAAGCUGUGCUGGAACUCAAGCUGCAACCAGAGGACAACUUUGUGCUCAAAGUGGUGCAGCUGGAAGAACUCCUGGCAGUUCGGCACUCUGUCUUUGUGGUGGGAAAUGCAGGUACAGGCAAGUCACAGGUGCUGAAAUCUCUCAACAAGACCUAUCACAUCAUGAAGAGGCGGCCUGUUUGGAUGGACCUCAAUCCAAAGGCGGUUACCAAUGAUGAACUCUUUGGCAUCAUUAAUCCUGCUACAAGAGAGUGGAAGGAUGGAUUGUUCUCAUCAAUUAUGCGAGACCUAGCUAAUAUUACACAUGACGGCCCCAAAUGGAUUGUGCUGGAUGGUGAUAUUGAUCCGAUGUGGAUUGAGUCUCUUAAUACUGUCAUGGAUGAUAAUAAGGUGCUGACACUAGCAAGCAAUGAAAGGAUUCCUCUCAAUCCCACCAUGAGGCUGCUGUUCGAAAUCAGUCACCUGCGGACUGCCACUCCUGCCACUGUCUCUAGAGCAGGGAUCCUUUACAUCAAUCCAGCUGAUCUGGGCUGGAAUCCUCCCGUGAGUAGCUGGAUUGACAGACGAGAAAUCCAGUCAGAGCGAGCUAACCUGACCAUUUUGUUUGACAAGUAUCUGCCAAUUUGUCUGGACACUCUUAGAACCAGAUUUAAGAAGAUUAUUCCAGUUCCUGAGCAGAGCAUGGUUCAGAUGUUGUGUUACCUCCUUGAAUGCCUCCUCACCAAGGAAAACACUCCUCCGGAUUGCCCCAAAGAGCUCUACGAACUGUAUUUUGUAUUUGCUGCUGUCUGGGCCUUUGGUGGGUCUAUGUUCCAAGACCAGCUUGUAGACUACAGGGUCGAAUUUAGUAAAUGGUGGGUGACGGAGUUCAAGACCAUCAAGUUUCCUUCCCAUGGAACAGUCUUUGACUUUUACAUUGACCCAGAAACAAAGAAAUUUGAGCACUGGUCCAAGCUCAUCCCCAAAUUUGACUUUGAUCCAGAAAUGCCACUACAGGCCUGCCUAGUACACACCACUGAGACCAUCCGGGUGCGUUACUUCAUGGAUCAGCUCUUGGAGAAACGUAGACCAGUCAUGCUGGUGGGAAAUGCAGGCACAGGGAAGUCUGUGAUUGUAGGAGAUAAACUGUCUCUGCUGGAUUCCGAGGAGUACCUGGUGAAGAACGUUCCUUUUAAUUACUACACCACGUCUGCCAUGCUGCAAGCUGUUCUUGAGAAGCCGCUGGAUAAAAAGGCAGGAAGGAAUUAUGGCCCUCCUGGCACCAAGAAGCUUAUCUACUUCAUCGACGACAUGAAUAUGCCUGAAGUAGACACUUAUGGAACAGUCCAGCCUCAUACACUGAUUCGGCAACAUCUGGACUAUGGGCACUGGUAUGACAGAAACAAGCUGUCCCUGAAGGAGAUCAUGAAUGUGCAGUACGUGUCGUGCAUGAAUCCCACAGCAGGCAGCUUCACUAUCAACCCACGCUUGCAGCGCCACUUCAGUGUGUUUGCUCUCUCAUUCCCUGGGUCAGAUGCUCUGUCCACGAUUUACAGCACCAUCCUAACUCAGCACCUGAAGCGGGGGAACUUCUCUGCGGCUUUACAGAAAUCAUCACAGCAGUUAAUAAGUCUGGCUCUUGCCCUGCACGUGAAAGUGGCGGCAACAUUCCUGCCAACAGCUAUCAAAUUUCAUUACAACUUCAACCUGAGAGAUUUGUCCAAUGUCUUCCAAGGUAUUCUGUUUUCAACUCCUGAGUGUUUGAAGGCUCCGCAUGACUUAGUAAAGCUGUACUUGCAUGAAUCCAGUCGUGUUUACCGGGAUAAGAUGGUUGAUGAAAAGGACUUUGUCCUCUUUGAUAAACUGCAGACAGAGAUGGUGAAGAAGUUCUACGAUGAAAUAGAGGACACCUUGGAACAGGCUAGGAAGAUGAACAUGUUUUGCCAUUUUGUAAAAGGCAUUGGAGAGCCCAAGUACAUGCCUGUUCAGAGCUGGGAAUCACUUAAUCAGAUUCUGGUGGAAGCCUUAGAGAAUCACAACGAGGUCAACUCUACCAUGAACCUGGUGCUGUUUGAAGAUGCCAUGUGCCAUGUCUGCCGUAUCAAUCGUAUCCUGGAAUCUCCCAGAGGUAAUGCACUACUGGUUGGUGUGGGAGGAAGUGGCAAGCAGAGCCUGACGAGAUUGGCAGCUUUCAUUAGCUCACUGGAGGUCUUCCAAAUCACCUUGAGGAAAGGCUAUGGGAUUCCUGACCUGAAGGCAGACCUGGCAGCACAGUACAUUACAGCAGGUCUAAAGAAUGUUGGUACCGUCUUCCUCAUGACGGACGCUCAAGUGGCCGACGAGAGGUUUUUAGUUUUGGUAAAUGACUUGCUUGCUUCAGGAGAAAUUCCUGAUCUUUUUCCUGAUGAUGAAGUUGAAAAUAUCAUUGGUAAUAUGAGAAAUGAAGUAAAAGCCCAAGGAUUGAUGGACACCAGGGAGGCCUGUUGGAAAUUCUUUAUUGAUAGAGUUAGACGGCAGCUCAAGGUUGCUCUUUGCUUUUCCCCAGUGGGGAACAAGCUGAGAGUUCGUAGUCGGAAGUUCCCAGCCAUUGUUAACUGUACAGCAAUAGAUUGGUUCCAUGAGUGGCCCCGAGAAGCUCUGGAGUCAGUCAGCCUGCGCUUCUUGCAAGGGACAGAAACUAUUGAGGCUUCAGUGAAGGAAUCCAUAAGCAAGUUCAUGGCUUAUGUGCACACCAGCGUUAAUGAAAUGUCCCGUUCCUACCUGAGUAAUGAACGCCGUUAUAACUACACCACCCCCAAGUCAUUCUUGGAACAGAUUAAGCUCUAUCAGAAUUUGCUGCUUAAAAAGGAGAAAGAACUGACAGCAAAAAUGGAGCGGCUAGAGAACGGCCUGCAGAAGCUUAGCAGCACAUCUGCACAGGUAGAUGAUUUAAAGGCAAAGUUGGCAGCUCAGGAGGUGGAGCUGAAGCAGAAGAAUGAAGAUGCAGACAAACUGAUCCAGGUGGUGGGCGUCGAGACAGAGAAAGUCAGCAAGGAGAAGGCUAUUGCUGACGAUGAGGAGCAGAAGGUAGCCCUGAUCACGCAGGAGGUCCAGCAGAAGCAGAAGGACUGUGAGGAGGACUUGGCGAAAGCUGAACCAGCCCUUGCAGCUGCUCAGGAAGCCCUCAACACACUCAAUAGGAACAAUCUGACAGAACUGAAGUCGUUUGGAUCGCCGCCUUCCGCUGUCAGCAAUGUCACUGCUGCCGUGAUGGUACUCAUGGCUCCCGGCGGGAAGGUGCCCAAGGACAGGACCUGGAAAGCAGCCAAAGUGGCCAUGACAAAAGUGGACAGCUUCCUGGAUUCCUUGAUCCACUUCAACAAAGAGAAUAUACAUGAGAACUGCCUCCGAGCCCUUCAGCCGUAUCUGCAGGACCCGGAGUUCGAGCCUGAGCUGGUGACGUCUAAGUCCUAUGCAGCUGCUGGCCUCUGCUCCUGGGUCAUCAACAUAGUGCACUUCCAUAAAGUGUACUGCGAUGUGGAGCCCAAGAGGCAGGCUCUCAACAAAGCUAAUGCCGAGCUUGCUGCUGCCCAGGAAAAGCUGGCUAGCAUCAAGGCCAAAAUUGCACACCUUAACGAGAACCUGGCUAGGCUUACAGCCAAAUUUGAGAAGGCCACAGCAGAGAAGCUAAAAUGUCAACAGGAAGCCGAAGCCACAGCGAAGACCAUCUCCCUUGCAAAUCGCCUGGUUGGAGGCCUAGCCUCUGAAAAUGUGAGGUGGGCUGAAUCAGUGAAAGACUUCAAGCAGCAAGAGAGUGCACUGUGUGGAGAUGUCUUAUUGAUAACUGCAUUCGUCUCUUACUUGGGUUACUUCAGCAAGAAAUACAGGCAGGACCUAAUGGACAGCGUAUGGAAACCAUACUUGCGCCAGCUAAAAGUUGCAAUCCCGUUGACUCCAUCUUUGGAUCCUCUGUUGAUGCUGACUGAUGAUGCUGACAUAGCAGCCUGGCAGAAUGAAGGGCUACCGGCUGACCGCAUGUCCACUGAAAAUGCCACAAUCCUCAGCAACUGCGAGCGCUGGCCGCUCAUGGUUGACCCCCAGCUCCAGGGCAUCAAGUGGAUCAAAACCAAGUAUGGUGAAGCUCUCCGAGUGACCCGGAUUGGGCAGAAAGGGUAUCUGGAUAUGAUAGAGCAGGCUCUUGCAGCUGGUGAAGUUGUUCUGAUUGAGAAUUUGGAAGAAUCUGUUGACCCAGUUCUAGGUCCAUUGCUUGGCCGUGAGACAAUAAAAAAAGGAAGGUGCAUUAAAAUUGGAGAUAAAGAGUGAGUUCAACCCCAAUUUCCGACUGAUUCUCCACACCAAGCUUGCAAACCCCCAUUACCAGCCGGAAAUGCAGGCACAGUGCACCUCAUCAACUUCACCGUGACUCGGGAUGGCCUGGAAGACCAGUUGCUGGCAGCAGUUGUCAGUAUGGAGAGGCCUGACCUGGAAGAACUAAAGUCUGAUCUCACAAAGCAGCAGAAUGGAUUCAAAAUAACUUUGAAAACUUUGGAAGACAACUUGCUGUCCCGCCUCUCUUCUGCCUCAGGGAACUUCCUAGGGGAUACAGCUCUGGUGGAAAAUCUAGAAGUCACCAAACAUACAGCUGCAGAAAUAGAAGAAAAGGUCCAGGAGUCGAAGGUGACAGAAACAAAGAUUAAUGAGGCAAGGGAGCAUUACCGUCCUGCAGCAGCUCGUGCCUCCUUGCUGUACUUUAUCAUGAAUGACCUCAAUACCAUCCAUCCCAUGUACCAGUUUUCCCUGAAGGCAUUCAGUGUUGUCUUUCAGAAAGCUGUUGCAAGAGCCUCGCCAGAUGAAAACCUAAAAGAGCGAGUAGCCAACCUUAUUGAUAGCAUCACCAGCUCUGUGUUCCAGUACACAACUCGGGGGCUGUUUGAAUGUGACAAACUGAUUUACACGGCCCAAGUCACUUUCCAGAUACUUCUGAUGAAUAAAGAAAUUAACGCUACAGAACUUGACUUCCUGCUAAGAUAUCCAGCCCAGCCAGGAGUCACCAGUCCAGUAGACUUUUUGUCAAAUCAGUCAUGGGGUGGCAUCAAGGCACUCUCUUCCAUGGAACAAUUCCGCAACUUGGACCGGGAUAUUGAGGGUUCUGCCAAACGCUGGAAAAAGUUCGUGGAGUCUGAAUGCCCUGAAAAGGAAAGGUUUCCUCAGGAAUGGAAGAAUAAGUCUGCCUUGCAGCAGCUGUGUAUGAUGAGAGCCAUACGUCCUGACCGCAUGACAUAUGCUGUCAGAGAUUUUGUGGAAGAAAAACUUGGGAAUAAAUACGUGGCAGGAAGAUCUCUGGAUUUUGCAACAUCAUUUGAGGAGUCUGGACCUGCAACCCCAAUGUUCUUUAUCCUCUCACCUGGAGUUGACCCCCUGAAGGAUGUAGAGAAGCUUGGGAAGAAACUUGGCUACACCUUUAACAACAGGAAUUUCCACAAUGUGUCGCUUGGACAAGGCCAGGAGGUAGUGGCUGAGAAAGCCUUGGACCUUGCUGCAGCAGAGGGACAUUGGGUUAUCUUGCAGAACAUCCACCUGGUGGCCAAGUGGCUGAGUUCCUUGGAGAAGAAGCUAGAGCAGCACAGUGAAGGCAGUCACCCUGCAUUUCGUGUCUUCAUUAGUGCAGAGCCUGCGGCUUCACCUGAAGGCCACAUCAUACCACAGGGCAUCCUUGAGAACUCCAUCAAAAUCACCAACGAGCCCCCAACAGGAAUGCAUGCCAACCUCCACAAGGCUCUGGACAACUUCAACCAGGACACCCUGGAGAUGUGUGCCCGUGAGAAUGAAUUUAAGAGCAUCCUUUUUUCCCUCUGCUACUUUCAUGCUGUGGUAGCUGAAAGACGCAAGUUUGGGCCGCAGGGCUGGAAUCGUUCAUACCCCUUUAACACUGGGGACUUGACCAUUUCAGUCAACGUUCUGUACAAUUACUUGGAGGCUAGUUCAAAGGUUCCCUAUGAUGAUUUGCGAUACCUCUUUGGAGAGAUCAUGUAUGGAGGACACAUCACAGAUGACUGGGACAGACGUCUCUGCAAGACCUACUUGGAAGAGUUCAUCAAGCCUGAAAUGUUGGAGGGAGAAUUCUUGCUGGCCCCAGGAUUUCCCCUCCCAGGGAACAUGGAUUACAACAGCUAUCACCAGUAUAUAGACAGUACGUUGCCUGCUGAGUCUCCGUACCUUUAUGGCCUCCACCCCAAUGCAGAAAUUGGAUUCUUGACCCAAACCUCAGAAAAGCUCUUCCGCACUGUUUUGGAGCUGCAGCCCCGGGACACCAGCCUUGGAGAAGGUUCAGGGGCCACCCGGGAAGAGAAGGUGAAGGCGCUGCUGGAUGAUAUCCUGGAGAAGCUAACUGAUGAGUUUAACAUUCCUGAGCUGAUGGCCAAGGUGGAAGAGAGGACCCCAUACAUUGUUGUUGCAUUCCAGGAAUGUGAGCGUAUGAACCUCCUUACUAGUGAAAUCAGGAGGUCGCUGCGAGAACUUGACCUGGGGCUCAAGGGUGAAUUAACCAUGACCAGUGAUAUGGAGAACUUACAGAAUGCCAUCUUCUUAGACACAGUACCUGAAUCAUGGACCAAGAGGGCUUAUCCUUCCAUGGCUGGUUUAGGCAGCUGGUUUGCUGACCUUCUCAACCGCAUCAAGGAGCUGGAGACCUGGACUGGGGACUUCCUGCUACCAUCUGUGGUGUGGUUGGCAGGAUUCUUCAACCCACAGUCUUUCCUGACGGCCAUCAUGCAGUCCAUGGCCAGAAAGAACGAGUGGCCUCUAGACAAAAUGACCCUGCAGUGUGAUGUGACCAAGAGGAACCGUGAGGAGUUCAGCAGCCCCCCACGGGAAGGUGCAUAUGUUCAUGGCUUAUUUAUGGAAGGUGCGCGCUGGGAUAUGCAGACAGGGUUGAUUGCUGAUGCCCGACUAAAGGACCUGACUCCAUCAAUGCCGAUUAUUUUCAUUAAAGCCAUCCCUGUCGACAAGCAAGAUGUCCGCAACAUGUACCCAUGUCCUGUGUACAAAACCCGCCAACGGGGUCCAACCUACGUCUGGACUUUUAACCUGAAGACUAAAGAGAAACCAUCCAAGUGGGUUUUAGCAGGGGUGGCACUGCUCCUGCAGAUUUAGACUCUCAAUUCCCAUUCUCUUCUCCUAGCAGACAAUCAUCAGAAAAGUCACCGUUUCUUAGUUGGAUGUUUUUUAAUAGCAUGAAGGAAUACCCAAUCCUGGUUCACACGUGAGUGCUCAUCGUUCAAAGAGUGAUAUGUUGACAUACAUAUGUAUGUGUGAGUCAUCUCAGUUCACAACUCAAGUUUAAUCCAUUUUUAAAUUUGCCCUUCAAAUUUACUGUGUGAUUUAUGUACAAUAAAAAUACAAGAACAAAUUGA